CUUUAUCAUUUGGAGAGAGAGAGAGAUCAUGCAAGCUAAGCCAGAGCUAGAUGGAGGGCUUGAUCCCACAACCCUGGGAUCAUGACUGAACCACAAUCAGGAGUCAGACGCUCAACCGACUGAGCCACUGGGGUGCCCCCCGACACAGAUAUUUUUAAUGAUUUCCAAAAUUUAGUUAAUCUGAAUCUUCAUGACCCCUGAUUUCCCUGUGGAGCAAACAAAGUAAGUUUGGGGUGGGGUGGGGGUGACUGGCUGAUCAAACAAAGACAAGCAGACCCAGGCAGACUGUGGACAAAGACAACACUGAACAGUAGACCUUACCCUCCAACAAGAACUAGAACAGGGUUGGAGCUGGGGACACAGACCUAGAGAGUCAAGGGGACACAGGGCUAACAGGAAAGGACACAGGCCACUGUCAGGACACACAUCUAAGGCUAGGACCCUGCUGACGUGGCAGCCCUCCGCCCUGGCCCCUUGCUGCCCCCCGCCCCUCUCCCCCGCCUGCCAGCUGCCAACAGGGCUCUGCCCUGUGUCUGCCACACCUGUCACUGCCUGUCCUUGUCCAGGGGGGGCCCCAUCAGCCCCUCCUCAGCUGCCCAGCAGAGCAAGCAGUUAGUGGGGAGGGGAGGGAACAUGGAGCGGGGGCCGGUGGUGGGGGCAGGGCUGGGGGCCGGGGCCCGAAUCCGGGCACUGCUGGGCUGCCUGGUCAAGGUGCUGCUCUGGGUGGCCUCUGCCUUGCUGUACUUUGGAAGUGAACAGGCUGCCCGGCUCCUGGGCAGCCCCUGCUUACGGCGCCUUUACCACGCCUGGUUGGCAGCAGUGGUCAUCUUUGGGCCCCUUCUGCAGUUCCAUGUCAACCCUCGGACUAUCUUCGCCAGCCACGGCAACUUCUUCAACAUAAAGUUUGUGAAUUCGGCAUGGGGCUGGACGUGCACCUUCCUGGGGGGCUUCGUGUUGCUGGUGGUGUUCCUGGCUACCCGGCGCGUGGCAGUGACUGCCCGGCACCUGAGCCGGCUGGUGGUGGGGGCCGCAGUGUGGCGGGGGGCUGGCAGGGCCUUCCUGCUCAUCGAGGACCUGACUGGUUCCUGCUUCGAGCCUCUGCCCCAGGGCCUGCUGCUGCACGAGCUUCCCGACCGCCGCAGCUGCCUGGCAGCCGGCCACCAGUGGCGGGGCUACACGGUCUCCUCCCACACCUUCCUGCUCACCUUCUGCUGUCUGCUCAUGGCUGAGGAAGCCGCUGUGUUCGCCAAGUACCUGGCCCAUGGGCUGCCAGCCGGGGCGCCCCUACGCCUAGUCUUCCUGCUCAACGUGCUGCUGCUGGGCCUCUGGAACUUCUUGCUGCUCUGUACCGUCAUCUAUUUCCACCAGUAUACUCACAAGGUGGUGGGUGCUGCAGUGGGGACCUUUGCCUGGUACCUCACCUAUGGCAGCUGGUAUCAUCAGCCCUGGUCUCCAGGGAGCCCGGGCCAUGGGCUCUUCCCUCGGCCCCACUCCAGCCGCAAGCAUAACUGAAAGAAAUAAAGGCAAAUCAGGCCUA